GCACACACACCAGCCAUUCUCUCCCAUUCAAAUUUUCUUCCAUUUUGAAGUUUUUCUCUUGGCGGGAAAGAACUUCCAACUUUCCUCUCUCUUCUAGAGUUAGGUUUUUGGGAAAUGGAAGGCAGCGAAAGCGAAGCCAUUUUUGAAUCUCUAAACCUCAAUCCCCAGCUCUUCAUCAAUGAAGUCCUUAACCUAGUCGAUGAUUUGCUUGAUGGAGCUUUUGAUUUCUAUCAACAGGAAGCAUCGAAUCUUUUGAGAACGGACGGAACCGAUCGCUCUGGUGAUAUAAACAAGGGUAUUGGUUAUAUUCGUAAUAUGAUUCAAGGAGUUUUGGAUAAGCGGCUGGAGAUGUGGGAGAAGUAUUGCCUAAGACACUGUUUUGCUGUUCCUGAGGGAUUCUCGAUGCCUAAAGCUAGUGAAACACCUGGUGACAGUUCAAUUAACAAAGAUGUGCUGUCUGAUCUCGAGCUGGAUGCGCAGUUGGAUUCAUUGAGGGAUAAACUUACAGUGGUUGGAAAGGAAUCUGCUGAGCUGAACAGAGAGCUCCAAGCAUUGGAAAGGCAGUCUGUCUUAAGCAAUCAAUGUACUGGGUCUGUUAAUGAGGCAUUGCAGUUAUAUGAACAAAACAAAGUGCAUGACAUGUUUCAGGAGAUGAUGAGAACUGCAUCAGAACUUCGUACUAAAAUGGAAAAGAUGAAGACCAAGAGGAUGGAAGGGAUUGAACGUGUUAAAACAGAGAGGAUAUACAACCCAGACAGAGAUUUGUCUAUGAGGAAUCAUGACAAAGGCCUAUUCAAUGCAGAGUUGGAAGAUCUUCAAGAAUUUUUAGCCAACAUAAAGAACAUGUGAGUUAAAAUAUUGUUACGUCAAUCUUGUGGCACAGGAGUGAUACAUUAUGCUUGCUGUAGAUAAUUACUAGUAAGUUUUCCUUACAUGCUGUGUAAUGGAUAGUUAUUGGGCCUUAUUAUAUCAUCUAGAGUUCUGGUGUUUCCUUUCUACAA